AUGCCGAUGUUCGCUGAACAAAUGAGAAACGCAUGGCUCGCAAAAAAUAAGGGUUUCGCAGAAAUUCUCAACAAAUUUCUUGUGACACGACAGUAUUUGGAGGAGAAAAUUCGCGACAUAUUGAACAAAACUGACCACAAGCUGAAAGGAGAAGCACUGAAAGAGAUAUUCCUUGAUCAACCUAUGAGUGCGUUAGAUCAAGCCGCUUUCAUCGUCAACAGGCUGCUCAAAUAUGACGGCCGCAUGCCUUCAUUUUUCUACACACGCUCCUUGGAGCUCAAUUACCUGACUACACUGAAUCUCGAUAUCAUAGUAAUUAUACCAAUAUUCGUGUUAACUAUAUUGUUAUAG